AUGAGCGAUCCUGCUGGCGAAAUAGUCCACAUCACACAGGGCUACAUACCACUCGCAAAGGUUCUUACGCGCCUUGCGCAAUCGACACACAAUGCGCUCCAAGACCAGAUUGCCGCAUUGGCAAAGAUGCCUGUGCCUGCUACCGCCAUGAACGGAAACUCGACGAUACCGAACAGCGAUGUUGAAGACGCAUCGAGCGAAAACAUUGCCAAAAAAACAUCAAUACUGAAUUUCGCCAUGAGGGAGCAUAGAAAAUGGGUCAAGGCGCUUGUUAUUACAGAAUGGAGCCGAAAGGCUGAUAUGGUCAGCCAACUGAUUGACCUGAGAUUUCACCUUCAAGGCCAAGAGGUCUUGUUUACCGGAGCUCUGGAUGUCAUGGGUCACGUCAAGAGGGACUUAACUUUUGCUAGAAUGCCCAGCCCUGAUUUGAAGACAGCCCUCCAAGUUUUGUCCACCGGAGAGGCUGCGUGGAUGCCCGACCUCUCUUAUAUCGAGCCGCCCCCUUUGACAAGAGAGGAAGAGAUCCAGUGGAUGAGUGACGUGAACACCCAGCUAUCGUUACGGCUGAAUCUCGAAGACUUCGACAAAAUACCAUACCCCUUUAGGAACUACGAGAUCGAUUCGGGCCGAGUCACCUUUAAAGUAUCUGGAGAAUUUGAGGUGGAUCUCACAAUUGCAGAUGAGGAUUUUGAGAAGCAGUUUUGGUUUAUCGACUUCCGAUUCGCAUUUAGACCGGCAGCAUCAUCGAUCCCCGAAGGGCUCAAGAACUACUUGGAGAGCCACGUGAACGACAUUCUUAGCAAAGAUGGACUGCUGGGCUGCUAUCAGUUCCUCCACGAACUGGUUCUUACUCAUAAGCUCAACGAGCUCAAGCGACAGGCGAAUCAAAUGAGCAGGGGCUCAUGGACAGGCACUCUCAAGGUGGAACCUCUGAACAGAGCUCUGGCCAUUCAAUACUGGACUUCCCGAACACAGCCGGGUACCCCAAAGAGUUGGGUUUUGGUUGCCGUUACCAGUGGGAAGAAGGCAAAUGGCCAACCUGACCCGAAAUUAUCCAGUCACUUGACAACAAAAUGGUACCGCGAUAAUAAGGAAGUAAAGGAAGAGAAGAUCGCUUUCGACACCGACAACUUAUCGGCAGAAACGCUCAUGAAAACGGCCAUUGGCCGUCAUAUUGACUUCCUCCUGGGUAGUGUACACAGCAAAUUGUUGUCAUUCCCUCGAUUCCAAAAUCGCCAGGCUGCUAUGGUCUUGCGCACUUCCCAGGACGAUCCUGCGGCUUCAUCCCUAGCCAUGCGAGUCGGUUUCAAGGACAGCGCAACCCUACUUAUCGAGCCGACGACUGGUGUCUUUGCCGUCAAGCCUCAUUCUAAAUUCACCUGGUCCCCAGAGAACCAACUUAAUAACGGAAAGAACCCCGCAGAAGAUGGUGCAGCAUGUCUAGAGAAUGUGCGGUGCGCAGUUAUGGAAGAUGAGCUGAGCCGACGAGGAAGCACGACUGGCUGGAGUAUCAAGAGAAGUCCCCUGAACAAAGACGAGCUGAGGUCUUUAACCAAUACCCGCGAAUGGACAAAGACCAUUUGGCUACACAGAGCUGGGUGGGAAACCAACUGGUUUGUCAUGGUUUUGCUGAGUCCUAGCGGGGAUGUCUGGUGGCUUGUUGACGUGAAUCGCAAUGCUUCUGGUCAAGCACCCCGAUUAUCAUCAAAGCUUCCCCUCAAUAAGGGCUAUCCUCGUUUGGAUGACGAAUUCUGGAAUAACCUGACCUUAUUCGCGAGUGGCAUGAUUGCACAAGCGGUGGAUCAGCGAGAGCUUCAUAAGCAGAAUAUCAAGUUCAAACCGCAUGGCGCGAACAACUGGUCGCUCCCGCAACAAGUGCGACUCCCGACACUUGAGAUCGCCCUUUCAGGAAUCUUCCCAUCUAUGGUAUUCGACAAUGCCGAAAAGGACAACCCCAAGACUGCUGCCGCCACUGAGUCUGGUAAAUUGGGUCCUAUCGUGCGAUCAGCCUCUGCAUCAGGUAUCUCAACCAAACAACCUUGGGCGAAUGAUAUCGUCUCGGUCAGGUUUAAAGGAGUCCAACCGGCAGAAGCGCGACCCACUGGCCCCGAAAGCGUUAAAACAGGGGAUGACAAGUCAGAAGUUCCCUUUACAUGUGUAUCCGAUGCCAUUAUCAAGGUUCGAAGACCGGCAAAGUUUGCCAUGCUCAAAAGCCACAUGGUUGGUCGCGACGUCUCCUGGAAUGCCCGAACAGGCGAGUUCUGCUUACGGAUGCGUUCAAGUAUUGGGCAGUCUAUGCUGGAAAGCCUGAAGGCCAGGGUCAAGGCUGUUGAUAGAUUUGUCAGUUUCUUCGAGUCGAUGGACAAGGCUAAGGAAUGGAUCGUAGCCGAGUCAGUGAGCCUAAAGGAGGUCACAUUCUCUUACGGACCUCUGGCACCAGAGGCUAGUAAUAAGGCCCAGCCCUCGCGACUUUGGAGGAUCACACUCAACCUGUCACAAAAUGACAUUGAUCUUGUCAUGGGAGGGACAAACCCCCACCUUCCGGUCACCAACUUGAUGCAAAAGCUUGUCAACGGCGCUAAUGGCAUCGGGGCUCUAAUGAACUGGCUUCCCGAGUCCCUGCCAGCCCUAGAAGCGGUCAAGAAAAUAAGAGAAACGUGGAGGGAUGUUGAAGCACGUCAUCAGGGACGUUUCAGGUUCAUGAUGGAUUCAGUGGAUGAGAUGUCGAUCCAGUACUCCCUCGCAGGAACCGUCCCUGGAAAUCAGCUAGUCCACCGCGAGAUCACGUUUCUUGCCCACAUCAAGCAUCGCCGAGGCGAGCCGUGGUGGCACAUCAUGCGUAAACCUCUCAACGGCGCUUCUACGCUAGACGAUGAGUUUUCGAAAGCGCUCAAACCUGUAUGGGAAGCAACGGGGGAGAAGUGGACCGGUCUCGUUACCGGUGCAGCUGCAAGACCACAUGACGGCACUGCCAGUCUUCUUCUUGCUAUCGACGAAGCUAUUCGGCCACUGGCUGGAUCGUCUUUCCAAAACAACUCCGAGGUAGUCGUCUUGGAAUAG